AAAAAAAAAAUAGUGAAAAAGUGAGCAAUAGUUUAGAGCCUUUUCUUUUUCACACAUAUAAGAUUCUCAUUCUCUUUGUAUCUGACUCGAUAUUGUAUUUGCUUACUGCAGGCGACGGCUGUUUCUACAUCGGAAUGGGAGGUAAAAGUGCGAAACCCAAGAUUCCCUCCUAUGAGCCCUACCAGUGCUGUCCUGCGAAGGUUGCUCGCGGCACUAAGCUCGCCAAGGCCACAAAAGUCAGCCCUGUUAUCAAGGAAAAGGAUAGGGUCCAUGGUAACGUCAAAGGCAGGUUCAGUAAAACGGAAACUUCGGCGUUGAAGCCUAUUAACAAGCUCACACCAAAGGAGAGCAAAAAGAUGGCGACAAGUUCACCGAUCAAGAGUACCAGCAGUCCAACUACCGAAGUCAAGCAAUCCCAUUCGAAGGCCAAAAGAGGAUUUUUCGGAAGUGUUGUGGCCGGUCUUCCGUACCUCAUGAAGGUUUAAGAAGAAUUACGUUACGAGAGAGGAUCUAUAAGAAAAAUAUCUAAAAGAAAAAGAGAAAGAAAAAGAGAAAAGGAGAAAAAGAAAGAGAGAAAGAGAGAGAGAGAGAAAGAGAGAGAGAGAGAAAGAGAGAGAUUGAUAGAUUGAAACUUAAAACAAAACAUAAUUGGUGUUUAACCAAUAAGAAGACAAGGAAGAUGAUUCUAUAUCCAUUGGAGUAUCAGACGUCAUCUAGAUUAAUAGAAGAAAAGACAACAACAACAACAACAAAAACAAAAACAACACCAAUAACGACAACAACAAGAAACAAAAUAUUUCAAAGAUUAAUAACAAGAUAGCACGUUGAAGAGUGCUCUCUAUAAAUCACUAAAGAUUUCAUUUAUCUUAUCUUAUCUUAUCUUAUCUAUCGAUAUACAUACAUAUAUUCGAGCGAUCAUUAUUAUAUCUCCUACAUCAUCUUCUCAUCAUCAUCUACUAUCAUACAAUGAAACAAUAAUCAUAUUGUCUCUUUAUGAUUACAAAAACAAAUAUUACUUUGUUGAGUUGAUCGCAUCGUCACUUCACACACAUUUUUUUUUCUUUUUUUUUUCUUUUUUUUUUUGAUUGAUUAUAAUAAUAUACAUCUAUCGAACACUUCAUAUACAUCACACCCCUUUCUUCCCAUCUCCUUCAUAAUCAAACCACACACCCAACCCAAUCACCUUCUUACUUUAAUUAUUGUUGACUAUUUAAGAUGUUUAUUCAUUGUUAUUACGUUCGAAUUAAUUAGAGUGAUCAUAUUCUCUCAAUGAUUAGUGUAUCUCGGUUUGCCUGUUAUUUUUCUCACUAAUUAUAGGAUAUAUAUAUAUUCAUUAUCAAUAAUUCUAUUCGUAAUUAGCAGAUUAAAUAUACAUAUAAUAUAUAACUGCGUUCCUUCGCAAUCAUUAACAUCAUAACGAUUUGUAUAUUUAUAUAUAUAUAUAUAUAUAUAUAUAUAUAUAUAUAUAUGUAUGUAUGUAUGUAUAUAUAUAUAUAUAUAUUUUGUUGCAUUUCAUCGGUAAUAUAUUCAAGAAAAAUGCCUAAGAGACUAUAUAGAAAUAUUAAUCAAAUUAAUAUAGAAAGAAAACAAUUUUAGAAAUCAUCUUUAUCAAUAUUAUUUUAUACUGAUUUAUUUACUUCCAAUUAGACACUUCUUUUUUUUUCCUUCUUGCAAUUUAGAUUUAUCUCGCGAUUAAUGUUCUAGUGAGUUGUAUUUUUCUUUUCUUUUUUCUUUUUUUUUUUUUAUUUUUUAAAGAAACGACUGCGUUACUUGGAUCUCAGACGAAUUAGAAAAGUUAAAAAAGGCUGCUGUUUUCGCACACCCACACAAACACGCACACGCACACGCACACACGAACGCAACCACGCACUCAGACAAAAAUUCUAUCAUAAAUUAUAAAUGUCAUUUUGUGUUUUUUAAUUUCUUCGUUUUUUUCCGUUUCAAAAAUAAUGUUCUCACAAUUUAUAAUAAUUUUUAUCACGCACAUACGAAUUUAAUUAUUUUUUUUCUUUUUUUUUUUUUUUUUUUACUUUCGAAUCUUCUUUUCACUUCUCUGAUAUUACAGAGGAUUUAGUUUUGCGUUUAGAUUUAAAUUUAACACUUUCUUGUCUACAAUCGAUGGAACAUCGUCAGUAGACUUAAAUAAAUUAAAAAAAUAUAUAUAUAUCUUAAUAUUUUUACGAUCAGUGCACCUUAUCAUCCAAUAAGAAUCACGCGCUGAUCAUUAUUUUAUCUUUUUUUGGCUCUCUUUAUUAUAACAGCUCCAAUCUAAUUUGUACUAGAUCUAAUCUCGUACAAAUUAACUUGAAAAAAGUAUUAACUAAUUUUCUAGCAUUAAACUAACACGUUUCUGCUUAUCGGAUUGCACGUGCCAAUAUUAUAUAUGUAGAGUGUCAAACAUAUUUUCAACUUAUCUGAUAUAAAAGUUAACAGAAAAAAAAUAUACAUAUAUGUAUAAAGAUGAAAAAAAAAGAAAUAAUAAUAAUGUAGAUUUAUAAUUUCAAAUUUGUCUUCACAUAUGUUUUAAAAUUUUGCAAAAAGAAACAAAGAAAAGAAAAGGAAAUAUUCGAAUAAAAAUUAAUUUCAUUCAUGUGUAAUAGUUAAUAAUAAACAAUAUAUAUAUCUAUAUAGAAUACUUUAGAUUUUUAUAUAUAUGUGAAAUUUUGCAAAUAAAAAAAAAGAAGAUUUGAAUAAAAAUAAAUUUCUAUUCAGUUGUAAAAUUUAUCGAAUCACAUGUUUAAAUUAAAUUUAAUUUAUAAUUAAAAUGAUAGAGAUAGAGACAGAGAGAGACAGAGAGAGACAGAGAGAGAGAGAGAGAGAGAGAGAGAGAGAGAGAGAGAGAGAGAGAGAGAGAGAGAGAGAAAGAGAGUAUAAUAAAUUAUUAUUCGUUGCACGUACAUAUAUCCAAAUGAUUAAUUAGGAAGAUUUAUUAGAGAUAUCAAUGUUAAAUAAAUUAUUCGAGAGAAAAAUUAAUUAAUAUGUAAUAGUUACCACAAAUGACACUUGUGCACUGACCGAUAACAAAGAAAAAAAAAAAAAGAAAGAAAGAAAACUACCACCGUUAAUUUGAACAAGAUCGAUAUGUACAACAAUAAACACAUUAUUAUACGAUAAUAAA